GCCGCUUCCUUUCUCUCUCGCGUGCGGUGUGGUGGCAGCAGGCGCAGCCCAGCCUCAAAAUGCAGAACGACGCCGGCGAGUUCGUGGACCUGUACGUGCCGCGGAAAUGCUCCGCUAGCAAUAGCAUCAUCGGUGCCAAGGACCACGCAUCCAUCCAGAUGAACGUGGCCGAGGUUGAUAAGGUCACAGGCAGGUUUAAUGGCCAGUUUAAAACUUAUGCUAUCUGCGGGGCCUUUCGUAGGAUGGGUGAGUCAGAUGAUUCCAUUCUCCCAUUGGCCAAGGCCGACGGCAUCGUCUCAAAGAACUUUUGACUGGAGAGGAUCACGGAUGUGGAAUAUUUGUCAUAAAUAAAUAAAUAAUGAAAACCUAAAAAAAAAAAAAAA